GUCUUAUAUUUUAUUCAUGUUUGAGAAAAGAAAAUGUCUCACCAACGAAAAAGAAAAAAUGUGUCACUUGACGGAACAAAGAAACCGCUUGUUGGGGAACACAGAAGCGAAUUGCUUUUAAAUGGAGAGAAGGCUAACGUUGCAAAAUGGAUUAAAAAACUGCUUGUUUUUCUUUGCGCUAUUUACUGCUUACCGCUUAUCUUCCUGUGCUUGAGUGCAACAUUUAGACAUCAGCUAGUUUUCUUAAAUUAUGUAAAGAAUCCUUUUGCCAACUAUAAUCAACCUGAAGAUUAUGGUUUGCCUGGAUCAUUGAACAUUUAUGUUAAAGGAAAUUCAGGAAUGUUAGGGGUGUGGCAAAUUCCUGCACGCGGCUCUUCCUCAAUUGAUGAUGGUAAACCAAUAAUAUUGUAUAUCCAUGGUAAUGCCUUUGCAAGAGUGGCCAGACACAGAGUUGGAUUAUAUAAGGUAUUAACAUCUUUGGGCUGUCAUGUCAUUGCUUAUGAUCACAGAGGAUAUGGUGACUCUGAUGGCAAACCUAGUGAGAAAGGUCUAAUAGAGGAUAGUGUAGUCAUGUUUGAAUGGAUAAAAUUGAAUACAAAAAACCAACCAAUAUUUGUUUGGGGUCAUUCUUUAGGAUCAGCAGUGGCAGUAGCGUUAUCAAAUAUCUUGUCCAAAAAAGAAACUGACGUGAAAGGACUGAUACUAGAAUCGCCAUUUAUAAACAUGAGAGACGCCGCAUUUAACCAUCCUCUGGCUACACCCUAUAGAUUUUUGCCAUACUUCACUUAUGCAUUUCAAGAAAUAAAUGAGAUGUUUAAAAGUGACGAAAAGAUUCGUGAAGUAAAAUAUAACAUAUUGUUCCUGCAUGAUCAUAAUGAUAUUAUCGUAAAAUUUGCUUCAGGAAAAAAGUUGUAUAAUGAGGCGAUGAAUCAUAAAACAGCAGGUCAAUUAAUUGAAUUUAAAGAAUUUACUGGUUUUUCACAUACAAGAAUCUACAUUUCAAAAGAUCUACCAGACAUACUAAGAAGUUUUAUGAUGCAGACAUAAAGAAGAUGUAAGUUGGUCAUAGCUGAUGGAAUACUGAAUGUUUGAUUAUUUUGUGUUGAAUUCAUAUGCGUACGGAGGGGGGGGGAGUUUAAAGAUUGAAAAGUUGGCAAAUUUAACAUUAGUCAAGCAAAAAUACUACAGAACCUUUGUAAGUUGGGGGAAAUGUUUACUGCCCCCCCCCCUGAAAUGAUAGCUCCAGUAUGCCUAUGGUUAAAUUAUCAUAGUAUUUUACCUUGAUGUGAUGUAAGUCGUGAGCAAAUAUACCUAAAAGCAAUCUUUUGUGUCAAUUGAUCCAUGCAAAACAUACUGUGAAUAUAUAGAGUGUACUUACAGUUUGUUAUUGCAACAACAUUGGUGCAGCUAAACCAUCAGCAACUCCAUCGUCUCCUCUGACAGCUCUUACAAUUUCUAUAGCAAACUCAAAUGCAGUUCCUGGUGCACGACUUGUUAUAAGUUUUCCAUCAAUACAUACUCGGUCCUCAGAAUAUUUGUAAUCUAUUGAAAAAGAAAUUUUAGUGGCUGUAAAUAAUACUGUAUGUAUAUUAUGGUCAGAUUAUUGAAUUGUGUCUUCAUCAUAAGUGUAAGUGAUGUCCAAUCUUUAUUCUUUACAAACUUCAAGGUAUACUUGUAUUGUGUCUUUAUUAGGACAAUAAUCUCAUUCUAGACAACUAUCACUAUGAAAUAUAUUAAAACCUUUGAAUUUGUCUUUAA